UCUGUUGUCUGUGUCAGCUGGGGGUUUUCUGCCAAAUCAGCGGAGUGGUUUUUUUAGGUCAAUUUGAAACUUUGUAGGACCAUUUUCUGACCCAAAGUCUCUCCUUUCAGGGCUGUAAACAGUAAACCGGAUCAGAGAACUAGAUCCAGGAGGAUUCAGCCACACAAAGUAAACGAAACUGAAAACUGUGAAGGUUUUAGGCUCCGUCUGUGACAGUGAAAAUGGGAAAGAAAAGGGGGAAGGACAAGAGCUCCAGAGAGGAAGAUGACAUUGACCUGACAGGUCCAUCCUGCAGGCACAUUAAAAAGGGAACAGACCAAACUCUUCUAAAGAAACUCUCCGGGAAUUCUGAUUGGACGAGUUGCCAGGAUUGUAAGCAUGAAGAAAAUGAAGAAAAUAAAGAAAAUAUCAGCGCUACCUUGCCUCAGGAGUCAGAAGAGGAUCAUGAAACAGCUGGCGUAUGGAUGUGCUUAAAAUGCGGCCAUAGAGGAUGUGGACGAAACUCUGAGAACCAGCAUGCUAUCAAACAUUAUGAGACUCCUCGGUCGGAUCCACAUUGCCUGGUGAUCAGCUUGGACAGCUGGAGUGUGUGGUGUUACAUAUGUGAUGAUGAAGUCCAGUACUCCAGAACUGGACAUUUGGCUCAGUUGGUGACCAACCUAAAAAAACAACCCUCUGCAGAUCCCAUAAAAAGACCACAAAAAAGAGUGAAAGAGGAAGACAGUUUGUUGGAUGUUGAGCAGAAGACAGAAACUGUAAAAGCAGAGGAAACUGAGGACAAGGAAAACAAAGAAAAUAUAGGCCGCCAAAAGAAAAACACCAAGAAGGAUAGUGUUGGGAAAUCACAAAAGUCUGGUGCAUCUGAAGAAAGUGGUGGUGUUUCAGUAAAGGGGCUGAGCAACCUGGGAAACACAUGCUUCUUUAAUGCAGUCAUUCAGAAUCUCUCUCAAACACAGCUAUUAAGACAGACUCUCAACAAAGUGACAGAAGAGAAAAUGAGCCUUAACAUUGAACCUGUUGCCUCCUCGGAUCUGGAGCCUAUUGGAGUGCAGUUAGAUCAGCCCGGAUCCCUGACAUUGGCUAUGUGUCAACUAUUAAAUGAGAUCCAGGAAUCUAAGAAGAGUGUGGUAACACCACGGGAGUUGUUCACACAAGUUUGUAAAAAGGCUGCCCGGUUCAAAGGGUUUCAGCAGCAGGAUAGCCAAGAGCUGCUGCGCUACCUUCUGGAUGGGAUGCGAGCUGAGGAGAUCAAAAGAGUAAGCUCGGGCAUCAUGGAAGCAUUGAAAGAAUCUGGAAAAGGCACAGAUGGAGAGCAGCUUAAAUCACUUGUUAAAGAGUACGAGAAAAAUGGAUUUCCCAAAAACUUUGUUGACCACGUUUUUGGUGGGGAAAUGACCAGCACUAUAAUGUGUCAGCAGUGUAAAACGGUGUCUGUAGUCACAGAGAUGUUUUUGGAUCUCUCCCUUCCUGUUUCUGAUGAGGCAUAUAGAAAGAAGAACCAGAAAAACGUUCAAAACACCAGUGAGUCAAGCCAGGAUGACAGGAACAGCCCUGCUUUGACCAAUGGAAAUGAUGACAUUCCCAGCAGCAAGUACCAGCAAAAGAAAGCGAAGAAGCAGGCGAAGAAGCAAGCAAAGCAUCAAAAGAGACAGCAGAAGCAUGAGAGCAGAGUCACUUUGGACAGUCUCACAUCUUCAAGCCACACAGAGGGGGAACAGACAGAUCCUAUUACAGAUGCAGAGGAUGGAGAAAAUGCUCACAAUCAAACACAUGAAGAAGCCCCGCUGAGUGAAGAAAAUCCUGUCUCUGAACAGGACCAGAAAAACCAUGACAUGAUCCAGGACGAAAAGGAAAAUGAAGAGGACGAGGAUUCAUUGAUUGACUGCGACUCAUCAGCUGCGUCAUCGGUCAGCAAUCGUUUUACUGUCUUAUCAGAGGAGCAACACUCAAAGGACAGCAUCAUAGACGAUGAAAAAACAUCUGACAUGGAUCAGGAAGGAGAAGAAGAUUCACCGCUGGUGAAUGAAAUGGAGAAAGUAACCCUGGAAGAUACCUUCAUAGAAGACUCAGAUUCUGUGGAACAAAUCAUGGAGACUGAAGAUGAGCCACUGGAGGCUAAAGAGUACACGGUAGUAAAUCAGGACCCAGAGCUGGCUUUCCAGACCCUGGCUACCAGGACGACCCCUGAGAAACAGGAGUGUUCAGUGCAGUCGUGCCUUUUUCAGUUCACAGAAGUGGAGACCCUCACGCAGAACAACAGCCUGCUUUGUGUCACAUGCACUAAACGGCAGCCGAACAAAGAUAAAACUGGAGGCUCCAAGAAGAAUAUUUACACUGAUGCCUUUAAGCAAAUGCUGAUCUCCUCUCCCCCACCAGUCCUAACCCUUCAUUUGAAGAGAUUUCAACAGAAUGGAUACAGUAUUUGUAAGGUCAACAGACAUGUCCAAUUCCCUCUGAUACUGGAUCUAGCUCCCUUUUGUGGGGUUAAGUGUAAGAAUGUGACUGAGGGAGAUACUCAGAUUUUGUACAGUCUGUACGGUAUCGUAGAGCACAGUGGAACAAUGAGGUCAGGUCAUUACACAGCCUAUGUGAAAGUACGACCUGAGUACCCUAAACCCUCAUCCAACGGACUUGCAGCAGAAGGAGAUGCACAACCACCCAGAGGAUCCUGGUUCCAUAUCAGCGACACAAGCGUUCAGCCUGUGAGCGAGAGUAAAGUCCAGGGUUGCCAAGCCUACCUCCUCUUCUAUGAAAGAAUCGUCUAAUCAAACAAUGCGUCACUACUCAGGAAAUCCAAACAAACCAAACUGCUGCUUCAGCUCCACAGUAUACGGGAUCUUAAACAGUUGACCAACCAUGGCCUGUUUUGUCAGGGACUUAAACUGGGCUGUGAUGAAAUGAUAUUAAUUAUACAGAAAGGACAUUCGCCAACCUUGACUUUUUCCAUCACAGAGAUGUCGAACAAUGUUUCAAGUAAUAAACAGUACAGCUGUAUGUUUUCAAACUCAUGGGAAUAUGACAAGGUGUGCAAUGAAAGUCUAGAUGGACAUUGAACAGAUUGUGGUAUUGGAUUUGUACACAUAACAAAAAAUGGAUUUCAGGAUGAAUUAAAGAUGGGGAAGAGUAAUUUGUACAAAAUAUUUAUAUGUCUAUUUUUUUUUUUAUCAAUGUCAUGUAAUGAAAUGCAAAAUAAGAGAAGUUUUUCCUGU